GCAGAGAAGGGUCCCCCCGUGAAGGGGCUGCUCCCCCGAACUGCCCCGCAUCGCAGCCAGGCCGCGGCUGGGGACAGCGAUGGACAGGCCGGGGACAGCGAGGGGAUGGGCUGCGAUUGGGCCCCUGCAGCCCUGAGGAGUUAUCUGCUAGAUAAAGGAACAGACAUUUCCCCUCAGUGCUGGCACCGCUGAGGUACCGCAGUUCUGGGAGAACACCACAGAGUGAUUUCACUCCCCCCUGGAUUUCCUGCGAGUUAAUUGUGAUGCCAUAAAGAUGUUUCCAUAUGCGGGAGCUACUUCCAUGUGGGCUUCCUGCUGCGGGUUGCUGAAUGAAGUCAUGGGGACGGGAGCAGUGCGUGGCCAGCAGGCUGCCUUUGGGGGAGGGGCUGGUCCCUUCAGGUUCACACCAAGCACGGGAUUCUCAGCAUAUCCAGCUCCUGCUGCAGCCAGCACCAACAUCGUCUGCAAAGCCUGUGGACUCUCCUUCUCAGUUUUCAGGAAAAAACACGUGUGCUGUGACUGCAAGAAGGAUUUUUGCUCAGUUUGUUCCGUCUUACAAGAGAACCUGCGAAGAUGUUCCACCUGUCACUUGCUGCAAGAAACGGCCUUCCAGCGCCCUCAGCUAAUGAGAUUGAAAGUGAAGGAUCUGCGUCAGUACCUGAUCCUCAGGAACAUCCCCACGGACACCUGCAGGGAGAAGGAAGACCUGGUGGACCUGGUGCUGUGCCACCAUGGCCUGGGCUCGGAGCAGGACAUGGACGCUGGCAGCUUGCGCUCGUCGCGCUCCCAGAGCUCGGGCUUUUUCACCCAUCCCUUCUCCACGUCUGUGCCUGUGCCAAACCCAGAACCUGGCAGCAGGAGGGGAAGCACAGGGAGUGGAACACCUUCACGGGGACAAACGGAAACAUCUAUAAAUAAUGAAGAAGAAGAAAGUGCAGAAGAGCAGACACCGGGACUGACCAGGAAGAGAGCCAGGGCCUCCCUGUCCGAUAUCUCCAGCCUGGAAGACAUCGAAGGGUUGAGUGUUCGGCAGCUGAAGGAAAUCCUCGCCUGCAAUUUUGUCAACUACUCAGGAUGCUGUGAAAAAUGGGAACUUGUGGAAAAAGUGAGCAGACUAUACAGAGAGAAUGAGGAGAACCACAAGACACAGGGGGAGAGGAUGCAGCUGAACGAGGACGACGACAGCCUGUGCCGGAUCUGCAUGGACGCCGUGAUCGACUGCGUGCUGCUGGAGUGCGGCCACAUGGUCACCUGCACCAAGUGCGGCAAGAGGAUGAGCGAGUGCCCCAUCUGCCGCCAGUACGUGGUACGGGCUGUGCACGUGUUCAAAUCCUAACCCAGGGGGGAUUCCUGGCCCCAGCACUCCUGUGGGCAGGACAGCUCGCCCUGGGGCACACGGCAGCGUUGGUGUGUUGGUUAAACUCACUCGGCCUUUUCAACAUCAAGAUGUAGAAGGUGGUGAAAGGUUUUUCAAGCAGUUCCUGCAGGGCUGGGCAGGCCCAGGCCCUGCCCCACUGACCUUACAGCCCCACAGAUUGUUGGAGUCAAACUGUUUACAGCAGUUCUUGCUCUCUUCUGAAGAAUCUCACCUGUCCUUGCGCAUUCAGCACUUGGCAAGUGGUCAGCAAACACCUCUGCUUGAGCCUGUUAGCCUGUGGUGUUCUCUAGUGCAUUAGAAGCAAUGGAUAUAUCAGUCGAUUAUUCAGCUUUUCCCUAUGGAUAGAAUGUAUCUGUUCCAGCAGCCCGGCUGGUGCUGGUGUCAGACACAGUUUAGGAAGCACUGCCAUGAACUGUUCCUGCACAGAAGCCCUUAAGCAGUCUUGCUUUAUGCUGAUUGCUCCCUCUGAAUGUCUGUCAUGACACGUGUGCUGUCUUGGCUGUUCUCUGUCAGUGUACAAAACACUCCAUCACUUUGCAGGGCUCAGGGCCUACACCAGGCUCUGCCUGGUGGGCUCCAAAAGCAGUUACUGAGUGAUAUUUAGUUUAGGAAUAAACUAUUUUUUUAAGAAGGGGUACUGUAGGUACCUUAAUCUGCUCAUGCCUGUUGUAACUAUUAAUCUGUGAUGAUUGAUUGUACUCCAUGUGCCGACAGCCUGAUGUUACUGUGAAUCCUGAGCAGGGGCACCACCUCCUUGCUGCUAAGGUGGAAUGUACAGCAUUUACUAACCUUAACUGGGGAGGGGGAAGCAGGAGCAGGGACAGGCUUUGUUUAAAGUCUCCUGUUCACAGACUUUGGUCACCCAAAGACAAGUCACCCAAACCAGCUGCCCAGGGGCUGCUGAGGGCUCUGGAUUGCUGCCAGCUCUUGGACCAAGGGCAGGUUCUGUGCCCUGAGCUGGGGUUCAGGUCCUCUCAGAGCAGGAAGGGUAAGGUCCUGCCCUGGAGAUGUCUGUGAGCAGUGACCUGAGGAAGGGAGCAGCAAGAGGAGCUCAGGCUGGGGCUGAGAACAGGAGCCCUGUGCCCAAGAACAGCCACGACUGGGACUGCUGAAGUUCACUGUAAAAAAGAGGUGAGGAAGGACCAUGUGUGUCCAGUUAUUCUUUAAGCAGAGUUGAUUAAAGGUGCAGUGUCUCCUUUGAUUCCCCCUGUGGCAGCAAAGUUCCAGAGCCAAGGCUCUGCUUGGCUGAGGGUGGAGCACCUGAGACCCAGACCUGUGCUGCACUGGCACCUGCUCUUACCUUCAUGAAGGGUUGGAAGAGAAAGCAGCUCCUCCUCACACCAAACACAACUCCAAGCUCUACUGAGUAUUUUUCAGAAGGGAGCAAACCUCUCAAUGGCUUUAUUUUUUAGAAGUAACUUUUUAAUGGUACUUAAUUCCUGGAGUCUGUCCAGAGGGGAGGCUAAUGAAGACAGACGUGCCCUCGGUGUUAUUUCCAUGCUGCUCAUUAGCCACUCGAGCUUAAUAAAGAUCGGUGAUGGGCUCUCUCA